AUGGCUUUUUCAUUUCCUCCCGAAAUAUUUCGAAAUAUUUUUAAAGAGCUUGAUGUAACCUCUCUUCAUUCCUGCGUUUUAGUCAAUCGUACUUGGUGUGUAAAUACAGCGCCAAUUCUUUGGCAAAAUCCGUUAGAUUUUGUUCAUAAUAAUUAUAAAAGAUUAGAACUGCAGAUAAAGAUAAAACAGAUUAUCAAUAUUUACUUAUCAUCGUUAUCAGAUGAUUCCAAAGUUAAUUUUGAAAACAAUCACGUAAUGUCUAAGAGACAUUUUACCACUACUUUUAAUUAUGCUUCCUUCUUAAGAUCUUUAAAUCUUUUACUUCUUCUUGAUUCUAUAAACCUUACUUUUACUCUUAUUACUAGAAAUAGUUAUAAGAAACGCGAAUUCAUUUAUUUAGAGUUGAUCAAAUUAUUUCUUCAUGAAUCUUCGUGUGUUGAUUCUCUUGAGUGCUGCACUCUUACAAUUGAAAAUGAUGAAAAAGUUGAUGAUUUUAAAGUGAUCUAUAACGAUAUUUCCAAAAUACCUGGCGCAAUUUCUUGUCUUUCGCGUUUGAAAAGACUUCGUUGUCGAGAUAAAACUUCUCUCUUACUGCCUUCAUUGGCUCAAAUUACGAAAUCUCUUCGAACCCUUGAAAUCUUUAAUAGUCGCAAAAAUAGAAACAUGAUAUUGGAUAUAAUUCAUGCACAAUCUGAACUCGAACAAUUCUUUAUCUUUUAUUCAGAUAUUACUUCAAAAUACCUUGACGCUCUUAGAUCAAAUUUCAAUAAUCUUCAAAAAAUUUUCAUUCACUGUUCUAUCAGAAUAAGUUUCAUUAAUAUUCUUUACGAAAUUCCGAAUAUCAAAGAAUUUUCUAUUAUCUGUAUUGGAUAUUAUGGAAGUGAUCUCAGUACCGAGAAAUCAAGGUCAUCGUCAAUUUAUAAUCAAAUGUUAUACCGUGCACGUUACAAUCAUUAUGGAUUUCUUAAUGCAAGGUCUAGACUCGUUAUUCCUCCAUCAGAUAAUUUAAUCUCUGAGAAUAGUUUAAUAAUUAAUUCAAAUCUUUCUAAGCUCACAAAAUUAGAAAUUAAUCAUGAUGAAAACAUUGCUCAUGUUCAACAAUAUAUACCUAUAAUUCAAUGCACUCAUGGUAGUCUUCGUGAAAUUCAAAUACUCUUAGGUCCGCAUAGACCUAGUAAUUCUUCACAAUUAUUUACGACAAUUAUAAAUAAUUGUCCAAAUCUUAGAGUAUUAGGAUUAUAUGUUCCUGAUGAUGUAAUUUCUGAAAUACCAAGAUUAUUCAAAACUUGCAAUUUACUUGAAGAAGUUUAUUUACUUGGUGGUCCUGUAAGUACGACAAAAAUUAGAACAUUUCUUAAAGAAAUUGGUGAUGUGGUUCCUCAAGAUUUAAGAUGUAUAUAUUUGGGUCCUGGUCAUUGGGAUUAUUCUUCUGAAGCUUUAAAAUAUUUUUUGGAUUGUUGCGAAAUAAGAUUAAAUAGAAAACCUCUUAAGUUUUUAUAUAAUCAUACUAAAAAAUUUCUUGAAAUUCUUGAAGAAUAUGUGGAAAAAGGUGUUUUGGAGAUAUUAAAAAUUUCAAUUGAUCCUCUACCAGAGUCUGAAGACGACUCCUAUGGAGGAAUGGAAGGAAAUUAG